GUUGUUCGAUCGAGAAUUCUAAUCCAUCUCUUAGCCAACGCUAAAAUGAGCCACUACCCUCAACAUCCUCAAACUCAACAACCAACGAUCCCUAUGGUGGGAAUGCAACAACCACCACAACACGGAUAUGUUCAUGUAAAUGAACAGCACAACUCUACAUCCUAUUCACCACCCAUCACUCCAAAGAAAGAUGAAACGCUACACGAACGAGUCUCUCUCAAAGUCCGCGUGGAGAAAAUACGCAAAAGACUCUCCGCUUUAUCUGCUCUUUCCCGCGGUCUGUCCUCAAUAACCAACCUCAUAAUGUUCGUAUUCAUGGCAUUCACGAUCUUUACAUUCUACAGCACAAGAGAUGAGCAGGCUCUAGGGAGGAGCAUUUGGGCGAAGGAUCAGAAAACCUGGCCCACGUUUUUCGUAUUGGCGGCUUCUUUCGUCACAUUUUGUGCGAGUCUCUUGGCUUUGCUCCUGUUUUGCUGUUGUUUCAAAAGAGCUGCCAAUAGCUGGAAAGUGGUGGUACUCACUUAUGCGAUUCAGAUUGCGAUGUGGUUACUAGUUACCUUUCUCUAUCGAUAUGAGAAGAGGCUGAAUGAUCUCUGGGGUUGGAGUUGUGGUGACAUCGCUUGGGAGUUACAGCAUAAGGGGAAUGCGAGUGUGAACUUUGACAGGUUGUGCGAUAUUCAGGUACGUUUACCAUUUGCUAUCGUUCAUGUCUUGGGGAAGAAUUGUACUGACUUGUUAUGAAAAGACUGUCACUUGGUAUAUUUCUUUGAUCGAAACUAUCGCCAAGAUUCUGCUUGCUAUCGGUAGCUUCGUUCUGCUCAGGAAGAAUAGACAAUUAAAUGCUAAGUUGAAGUUGGCUGAGGGAUUGGGAGAAGGUGCGACUGGUUUACUAAGUGCUUUUGCAUGAAGGGGGAAUUUUAGACUUGGGAUUCGACGGAGAUGUAGUGGAAACUUGUAUUUGUUGAGGAGUUUACUGUACUAGACAUGCGGGGGUGGCGUUCUGAUUGACAGUUUUUUACUGCGUUGGGGAUUUCCGAG